AGGUGGUUUGGCAGAUCAGGUCAAUCCCCUCUUUAUUUAUGCUUUCUAUACACGCUCUAUCAUUAACAGAAUUUCUUCUCAUAUCUCCCAACGGAUUCUAGUUAAAUACAGUAAUUAAUGCGUAUGGUGUAAGAUUUUCUUUUCUUUUCUUCUUCGGAAAAGUUAAAUACCAUUGGUAACUGAUUUCUGGGUAGAGUCCCUGUCUCUCUUCCAUUUUCAUAGAGAAAAGAAGAAUGGGAAAUUGCCAGGCGGCGGAGGCGGCGACGGUGGUGAUUCAACAUCCGGGCGGUAACAAGUUGGAGAGGUUUUACUGGGCGGUGAGUGCUAGUGAGGUCAUGACUUCCAAUCCUGGCCAUUAUGUUGCUCUAGUAAUCACCUCACCUGUGAAUCAGCUCAAACUUCUACGCCCAGAUGACACUUUGCUCAUUGGACAAGUUUAUCGACUCAUCACCUUUGAAGAUGUAUUGAAAGAGUUUGCCGCCAAGAAAAGUGAAAAGCUAGGCAAGUUAUUCAAGGAAAGAGGAGCACUGGAUUUAGAACAAAACAAGAGACAGCCUGGUACCAAUCCCUACUCCAACUCGAGAUUACCAAAUGGUAGCUCCACUGAGAUGAGGCAGGAGCUUCUAGGGCUCAACCCAUAUCCUCCCUUAACUUUUCCAAUUUUCUGGAACCUAGCCUCACCCAUGCAGAUCCACCUCCCCCACUCCCUGACACUCGUUCUUCACAACUCACUCAAUCCAGAUCCUCAUUCUCUUGCAGGUACCUCUUUACAGACUUCGGUUCCAAGUUCAUCUCCUCUUGAACCUCGUGCAGAUCUCACACCUACUGCAGUGGUCUCGUUGGCCACUCAUCCUAUGCUUACAAGAGCUAAAGCUAGCAUUUUCAAGACUCGAUAUCCAGCCAAUCUUAGUUUCUUGGGCUUUUCUGGUCUUCUUUCUGCUCCCAGCCAAUCUUAG